AUGGCUGCCUGGCCCGACAGAAGCGGCGAUCUUCGCCGGCCAGCAGGGCCCGGCCCAGUUCAGGGUCAACAACACCUGACGCCCCAACAUGCGCAUGGCGGACCGCACGGCACAACCCCCGGCGGACGGUACCGGAGCGCCUCUCGAGUGUCGGAGAUCGAUGUCUGGGACAACAUGCAGAACCACCUCCUCCAGGGCGACGACUCCAGUUCGUCUGACGAGGAUCUCCACCCCCGGAGCGGGAGCCACUCACAGUCCCGGCCUCGCCACAUUCGCCACUCUUCGUUCCCAUCACUCUUCUCGAGCAAGAAGAAGAGCAAAUCGAGCCCCGUGGCUGGGGCGGACGAUUUAUGGUCUGAUUCCGGCGAGGAGGGGCUCAGCAGUUCCAAGAGGAAACCGACGCCGACGAUGCGCGGGCACCGGAACGGCUCUUCGAUUGGCAGCAGGGACUUUGCGGCGGGCCGCUGCAUGACGUGCGGGUCGCUUGUGCGCUGGCCGAAGGAGCUGCAUAUAUUCCGGUGCACCAUCUGCAUGACCAUCAACGACUUGCAACCUUCGAGCCUGGAUGCAGGAAGAGAAGAUGCUAAUAGGGAGCCGGUCGUGACGUUGGAGGAGCCGCCUGGGGCGGCGAACAAGACCAUCUCGCUCGCCUACACCAAGUCCCUGAUUGAGCAAUGCCUGCGCUCUUACCUAGCGUUCGCAUUGAAGAGACAGAACCCGGGUGGUUCGCCGAGUGGUCAGGAACCACAUGUCCCCCCGUCGUCGCUCUCCCCAGGCGAUAUCAGUUCGCUUGCGCUGUCAACAGGGACUCCUUUACCGCUGCGGCCCAAGGCUUCGCUGAACUUCGAGCAACGGCUGGUUCCGGGCUCUCCUCAGCGUCCGGUUCAGCACAGUCGCGCUCCAAGUUGGGGGGCCACCCCGUCUCGGUCCUGUUCCGCAUCCUUCACAGACAGACCUCUACCACUCCACGAGUCAACGCCGCCAGGCUCUGGCUGCCGUCAGGGUCGACCGCCGCCGAGCCCGGGAGAGGAAGGUAGGAGAAUUUUUGGACCACUGGAAGACUAUAUCACCAGGUGUUUCACCUCGUUUCAUUGUUUGAAUUCUUCUUUUUUGAUACGUCGAAGCCAUAAUCAAGGGCUCAGUCGUGCAGGGGACAGCAGGCCUCGUCGUCCCUCGGACCACGUAGAAACUCGAAGAGAAGUCCGCAGCCCCAGCUACCCUGUCCUCGAGAUGGACCCCAAAGUUCUGCUGUUGGGCGACUUCGCCGAGAACGGUACCUGGUGGACCGGAAAUGACGGUGUGGUUCCAGGCAGAACGCCGUCCGGCCGGAGCCAUAAUAGCCAGUCCAUGGUCAGCUCGAGGAGCCCUCACUUAGACUGGGCAGAGAUGGAGGAGUGGUACAUGGUCGCCAUCGAACCAGCUCGGCCUUGGUCGCAUAUCUAUGAGCGCUUGGUGGCCGACGACCCAGCUCUCGCCCUUUCCCCGGCCGCACUGCAGAAUAUCGAAGCCCAGAUUCUCGCUGGACAGGAACAUGCUCAAACGGCGCUCCUGAAGGCUAGCGAGACAAUCCUCAAGCGCCCGGGGCGACGCAUUACCGAACCACAGGAUCUUCGGUUCCUGCUUAUCAUAACCGCCAACCCCCUUCUACACGCAUCAUACAGGCCGUAUGCCGGCAGAUUGCAGCCAGCGAAUGGUCUACCAAUACCGAGUGGUGCAUCUCCCCGCGGUUCUGGACCUGUAUCAGGUCGACACUCGGCCAUCAUCAAACGCAUCGUGGGACUCAUGUCAAACACACCCGUCGAUUGUCACAACUAUCUGGUGGCCUGGUUCGCCCGGUACUCGGAACCGUCCUUCGUGCAGACCAAAGAUCUGAUUGCCGGCUUCCUCACCUACCGUCUGAUCCGCCAGAACGAGAAGAAAUAUGAGGCUCAAAUCGACUAUACAGGCGGCCUGAUUCCGAACAUGGGCCCGAGCCCGUCAGCUGCCUCGCUACACGCAGCUUUAGGGCAGGCACGGCGUUCGAACAAGAGGAAGCAGCCGGAGAAGAAGAAGGUAGUAUAUCAGGAAGACUGGCAGAUCAGAGCAGCCGCCCAGAUCCUCGGCUUUCUGUUCGCGGCUAACAACAUGGGCCACGUCCGCCGCGACCAGACCAGCCAUUCGGAAGGCCUGGGAACUAGGCAUCGAGAGCUUGUUCAGGCGCCGGGCCAGAUCCUUGCUACGAGCGACUUUUACGUGACACUGCUCGACGACUCGGAUCUCGUUGCUGAUUUUGAGGCCUGGGAGCGGAAACAGGGCCGGUUUUCGUUCUGUGAGCAUCCAUUUCUCCUGAGCAUCGGCGCCAAGAUUCAGAUUCUGGAGCACGACGCCAGGCGGCAGAUGGAGAAUAAGGCUCGGGAUGCCUUCUUUGACAGUAUCAUGUCCAACAGGGCGGUGCAGCAGUUUCUGGUCUUGAAUAUCCGCCGGGAGUGUCUGGUGGAUGACAGUUUGAAGGCUGUGAGUGAGGUGAUUGGGGCCGGGGGAGAGGAGAUCAAGAAGGGGCUCAAGAUCAAUUUCAAGGGAGAAGAGGGUGUCGAUGCCGGCGGCUUGAGGAAGGAGUGGUUUCUGCUUCUUGUCCGGGAGUUGUUCAACCCAGACCACGGCAUGUUUCUUUACGACGAGGACUCCCAGUACUGCUACUUCAACCCCAACUCGCUCGAGCCUUCAGAGCAGUUCUUCCUCGUCGGCGUCGUGCUCGGCCUGGCCAUCUAUAACUCCACCAUCCUUGACGUCGCCCUCCCGCCCUUCGCCUUCCGCAAACUCCUCCACGCUGCCCCUACCGCCGCAUCUUCCCCCGGCACCCAACCCCGCCGAGAACCCAUGACCUUCACCCUAGACGACCUGGCCGAGUACCGCCCACGCCUCGCCCAGGGGCUUCGCCAACUCCUCACCUUCCAAGGCGACGUGGAAUCCACCUUCUGCCUUGAUUUCACCGUCGACACGUCACGCUACGGCGCCCUCGAAAACAUCCCGCUCUGCCCAAACGGCGCCCACCGCCCCGUCACCAACGCCAACCGCAAGGAAUACGUCGACGCCUACGUCCGCUACCUCCUCGACACGUCGGUAUCCCGCCAAUUCGAGCCCUUCAAGCGCGGCUUCUACACCGUCUGCUCCCACCACCACCAACCCUCCUCCUCCUCUUCUUCCUCUUCUACUACUGCUACAACAACAAUAAACCAAAACUACCAAACCCCACCCGCCGCCGCCGCCGCCGUAAACGCCCUAUCCUUGUUCCGGCCCGAGGAAAUUGAGCUCCUCAUCCGCGGCUCGUCCGUCACGGACCAGCCGCUCGACGUCGCCGCCCUCAGGGCCGUCGCGUCCUACGACGGCUGGGACCACCACCACCAUCUCAAUAAUAGGGAUUCCUCCCAGAAAAAACCAAAAGGGGACCUGGACCCGGCCGAGGACGAGCCGACGGUGCGUUGGUUCUGGGAGGCGUUUGAGCGCGCCCCGCCGCGCGAUCAGAGGCGGUUGUUGGCCUUCAUUACGGGCAGCGAUCGCGUCCCGGCCGUCGGGGCUGCCUCGUUGGGAAUUCGGAUCGUUUGUCUUGGGGAAGAGUGUGGCCGGUUUCCGACGGCGAGGACGUGUUUUAAUUCGGUUGGGCUUUGGCGGGAAGAAAGGGAAAGAGAACGGUUUGAGGGGGUCUUGUGGAGGGCGGUGAGGGAGAGUGAGGGGUUUGGGUUGAAGUAG